GGCAGGACUUGCAAAAGCACACUUUCCUGAAUCACAAGUGGAAGUAUCACAAUAUCACUAUUCCAACGAUGAAAACUGCGCUGGUGCUGUUUGCCCUCGUGGCCGCGUCUACGGCAUUCAAGAUCCCGAAUAUCGGCAGAGGCGAGCUCGCAAAGGAACUUCAGGAUUUCGCGGACAUCAUACCGGAGGAAGAGAUACUCGGGGUCACCCUUCAAUAUUUGUCUGAAGAUGUCGAGUUCCAGAAAAUGAUUAUGUAUCUACAAUCCGCAGAAUUCAAGGAAUUGGUGAGAGAUGUCGAAGCUCUUCGUGAAAUUAAAACUUUGAUGGACUAUGUUCAUCAUGCCGGUGUUGAUAUCUACUACUUGGUGAACAUACUAAACGAUUUCAUCGGCCUGCCCCGUCUCACUGCUCCGGAAACCUUCCGCAUUGGCGAACAGAUCACUGGUGGGAUCAACGGAUACUUCAAGGACAUCGAGGCCUUGAUUCCUGUAGAAGAAAUCAAGGCUCUUUACAAGAAAAAACUGGCAGAAUCCGAGGUGUUCCGUAAUUUCAUAGCUCAGCUGUCGUCUGAGAAUUUCCAGAACAUCGUCAACAAGGUCUAUGCCAACCAGAAAUUCCAAACGCUCUUGCAGCAUGCUAAGAAAGCUGGUGUCGAUCUUGAACGUAUCAAGGACUUGCUGAAGAAGAUUCUCAACAUUGACGUUCCCUCUAACUUUGUCUUCUACAGAAAUUAUUAAAUAUUACUGAAAAAUCUGCAGAUUUCUGUUUAUUGUUAAAUGUAUCAAUUCCUAUUUUCGGCCUUGUAAUAAUGUGUACUUCACUUGUGUAAAAUAAUAAAUACGAAAUUUUCUAGUA